UACACGACUAUGAGCUAUAAAAACUUACGAACAUGUUCGGAAAAUUGCAGUUUCAUUUGAAACACUUCAAGAUGCAGUCCCGUGUGAUUAUCGCCCUGGCCGUACUGAGCAUGGCCAAUGCCGCACCCAGUGAUCCGGCACCAACUGAGGCUGGCGGAGUGCCUUUGCCGGAGUCAGACAGGACUCAUUUGUGCAAAUUUCUGGUAUCGUUCGAUGCAUUUCGGAUGGGAUUCUUUGCCGUCAUCAUGAGCAUCAAUAUGGACUUUAUGUCUAAGGCAGAACAGGGUUUCCCAAACGAGUUUAAAGAAUUGUUCAUGAAUCGCCGCCGCGAAAGGAACGAAACACAGAGCUUAUGGCAAAGAAAAUUCGGCGUCGACAAGGAGCAGAUAAAGCUAAUCCUGCAGAACGAGACUGUCGCGCAGGAGUGGGCAAAGGAUCAUGUGUUCGAGUCCCACUACCUUGACAUGCAUGUAUCCUUGUUCAAUGCAAUUCAUUCCAUUAGCAAGCAUCUGGUCGAAAAGGCAACCAAAAUGAAGAGCAGUCUGAGCGAGGAAACUGUGGCCAGGGAGCACGAACUCUUCGAUGACAUUAAUCAAUUCGACAACUCUAGGAAAAGCGGACCUAGACCCCUAACCGAUUUAAUGGACAGUCUUGAAUCGAAAUUUAAAAAUAAAUACCAGUGCUCCACAUAAUCGCAAUUGCUUUAAAAAUCUGUACAAAAUUGUCUUUUAUUUCCAUUCAUUUAAAGUUUAAGGACAAAUGUUUUUUAAAGACUGUAGCAACGGAGUCCAGUUGGAUGAACCCUCUGGUCGUACCAUUCUAGCGGCUCUUAUUGGGUUGGGAAAUGUUUUUCAAGCAUUUUUUUCAAUUCUAGAUCUAGAUCAU